AUGUUACGUCAAUUAGUUGGUACCCAAAUACUCACACUUGGAUUAAGACCUCAGUUGAUUCAACAAAACGUGAAGCUGGCUUCUCGUAGUGCAGCAUUUUGGAGAAUUGGUACCAACCUUCAGGUUUUCAAGCGGAUGCUCAAGGAGUCUGGCGAUAGUGAAUGGAAGUACAGGUUACUUCUAUUCCUUGGAUUGUUCAUUGUGUUGAACUUUCUCUUCAAUAUCAUGAUGGCAGUAUUGACAAACAUAUAUCUUCAAAGGCUUCAGCCAAGCACCGUCCGGUUUGGGUUAUUAGUUAACAGCGAGUACAAGCAAGGUAUAGUGGAAGAAAUGAUCAAGAUGAACGAUAUGAAGGCUAAUGAGAAGUAUUUGAACUGUUUGAGAAUGUUGGCAAGAGACAAUGGAAUGGAUAAUGAGGACGUUAAUGUGAAACCAGAUGAUGGGGAGAGCAACAAUUCGGGUUUGCACGAUAUCUGCAACAUUAUCAUGGGAGAAGAACAGUUGGAUAAGUGGUACUAUGAGAAAAGAGAUCCGAAUUACAUUUCCAAAUAUUGUGAUCUAAUAUUACGAUACGCAAUGACGUUAUCCGAUGACAAGAGUCAGGUGGCUUACGAGAGUAUUGACAAGUGCUUUCAGAUUGUCAAUAGAUACGAGAAACUUUCGCAUAAGUCGAUGGGCUCUUACUCGUUAAAGAACAAGGCUCUGAGAACUAAAGCCGAUAUUAUGAAAUCUAGAGGAGAAAACUUCAAAGUGGUGGAAUCCUGCAUGCUAGAUUCAAUUCGACUGGUCGAAGAGAAUGAAUUCAAAAAUGAUUAUCCUCCAGAUAGAGAUGUAGGUAUUGUUCCAGAGGGAGAAAUAUCCAGCAAUAACCUUGCAAACUCGUUACUCGAUCUAUGCUCUCUCUAUACAGAUACCAGAGAACCGAAAUAUAUGAGUAAGGCAUUGUCAAUAUUGAUUUCAGAACUCAGAUCCCUUGAAGAAGAAUACCAUGCGUUGGAUAAACGCUAUGAUUCCGGUGCUUUAUAUAGAAAAAAGAAAGUCAUUAGAUCUGGAGAUGAAAAGAGGCUAAUGGAACUUGGAUUCGAAAAAAUCCCACUCAUUCAAAUGGAGAUCAGUGAAAUCCUUUGGUAUAGUAAGCAUUACGAGAAGGCCAUUGAAAUGGCGAAAAAUUCGGCCCAGAAGUCCAGCAUGUAUUCUCAUGGAAAUUAUAACUCUGCAAAGAUUGCAAAGAUUGGAUUUAACAAUCUUUCCAAGAUGUAUCACAGGAUGGGUGAUGAAGAAGUUGCCGAGCUCUGCCAGUUGCAGUCCGAAGCAAUUGAAGUGCCUUUGAAUGCUUUUAUUACUCCUUCUAGUACCGUCAGGAAUGCUGUCUUGGAGUACUGGUUUGGUUCCUGGGGUAACUUUUUGUUUCCUGGCUGA